AUGGAUACAGCCGCUGGGAUCACAGAAAGCGAACGCUCCUCGUCGCCUGAGGAUGGAACCUACAAACCACCAAAAGGACUAGAAGAUGGUUACGAUUCUGCCGCUACGGCUGGAGGGAAUGGAUCUAGGGAUAGCGACUACCAAGUCGAUCCCAGCUCUUCAGAGUGGGAUCUCGACACCGACGACGUCCGCUCAAUCUCGUCAACGGAGCUGCGCGAGGCCCGACCAAACCGUUGGAAGGGCCCAGCAUCGACGUGGCGUGCCUUGACUGAACAGGACCGCCUAACUCAUGAGGCGUUUGUGUCUUUGCGAAAUCAGGAUUUGUCUGCUCACUUGUACACUGCUUUCGCACUCAAGCGGCGGGGACAGAUGCAAGGCGGUGGUGAUGCCGAGACGGACAACGACGCAGAAGACGAGGAGGAUGCCGAUUUCGAUAUCGUCACGGGCGCCCGUGUGCGCGGUUCUGACUGGGUACCGCCAAGAUCUUGGACCGCCUGGCCUCUGCGUUCGCACCUUGUUCCCAAUGACUACGAGUUGAUGACAGCCUCGGCAUCAGGGGAUCCUCUUGAUUCAUAUACGUUGCGACGAACUGUCGCGCCAGAGGAAGGAUCCUCACGGCCUGCAGCAGCUCUAGAGGACCUACUCUGUGCGACCAUGGUGCGGACCGCAACGGAUCGAUUCCGUCGACGACAAGCACUGGGCCAUGUUGACAGUGAAAACAAUCCCGUCUCUCAACAUGGCCAACAGGAGCGUCCAGGCACUCCCAACGACCAGUCAGAGGACGGCGAAUGGCCUACCAGUAGCCCACCAUCGGCACAGCUGCACUCGUCCUCGCCACCGCGAGCCAGCCCUGCGCACCCAAUCGAAAACAGAACCUACAUUCCGUCGGCUGCGACUGACGAUGACGGAUCCAACGCUCUUCUUCGUCCCGCCGCUCGCCGGAUUCUGGAAUCUCUGGAUGCAACCCUGCUCCGGCUUCACGAUGCACGCGUUCGCGCCACCAUGGAUCUGUCCGAGCCUUCGGGGACUUCUUCUUCGGAACAGGAAGAGGAGACAGAAGCGUCGGAACACGGAUCGGCUACUUCGGGUAGCAGAAAGCGUGGGCGUGGACGGCCGCGCAGUACAAAACCCAUGGUAACCCCAACGUUCAUGGAGCCGGAGAAAGCUGGACGCGGGAACAAGCGGAGGGUCGGGCGUCCCAAAAGAGUAUACGUACCACGGGAUGGAGAAACGGAGAACGAAAUGUUGAUCCGUGUAGCAAAGGAAAGGCAUGAGAAGAUCCCUGUGCUUAGCGACAGCAAGGAACAUUCCCGCAGGGAGGCGUCAACAGAGGGGGCCUCCACCGACAGGAACCCCUCAAAAUCCAAGUCUCAUCGUUCAAAGGGGAGCGUUAUUCUCAAGCUCGAGGGCGAGACCGAGCGGCAGUAUCAAGUCCGAGUAGCCAGGGAGAAACAUUUGAAGUUGCCCGAGUUUCUUUCCGAUGACGAAGACGCCCCGGGGGAUGUGACGCAAUCCCCCAGACCAGACGUUGUUAAGCAGGGAUUCGCUGCGGAUAUUGAGGUGGACGAGGAGUUGACCAUUGAGGAAGCCGCGGAUAGGAAAAUCCGCCAAAAGAAAACAACAAUGAGCCGAUGGCCACUGCGCGACUGGAGUGACGUUGUCGGCGCUGCCGCGCUCGCGGGCUUCUCGCCUGCUGUCGUCGCGCGUGUAACGCAGCGAUGUGCGAAUCUCUUUGGCCAGACCAUGGAGAUACACACAAUAACCGAAGUGCCGGUAGUCGGGAGCCGGAAGCGGAAGCGAACGGGUAUGGUCACGAAGAAGUACCGACCUGGCGGGUCAUUGUCGGAGACAUCGCUCACACCUGGCGGCGAGGAUGGCAGCGACACGGAUAGCAGGGCCAGUGACAGCAGUACCAGCCGCAUCAAGAAGCAGCGCCUCCGGAGCUUGAGCCGCGAGCCCGCACUACGCGGUGACAUCGCAGUGGGAUUCUCUUCUGACGAGGAAUUCGACCGCGACACCGGGGUCAAACCUAGAAGUGGGCGAGCAAGCAGCGCAGCCCCGCCGGAUCUGGGGUUCUUUUGCCCGCACGCCGCCUGCAGUAGGUUCACCAAGGCUUUUACACGUCGUGACAACCUGGCUCGCCACAUGAAGUUCGUGCAUGGAGAAGCAGACCCUAGUCAUGGCCGGAGUCAAAGCCGGAGUCGGAACCGCGGGCCGGCUCGGAGCGAAGACGACGGUGACGAGGAUGAAGUCGAGGGUGGGGAGGACAGUGCGGCCGAGAUGGACGGCGCUGUUCACGUCGAUGGGUUCCUCAAGCCCAUCAAGAUUAGGCAGGGAUGGCGAGCGGAGGAUUCUAUAAAGAGUACGCGCCGGCGGGGACGGAGCAGACGAGAGAGACGAGACUCUGAUGGCCACGAAUCUUGA